CAUCCGCGGCUCCUCUCACUCGUUUGCACGCCAUGGCUCCAUCUCCAUGUGGUGCGGAUCAAAUGAAGGCCGUGCCGGUGGCGGCCCUGAGCUUGGGCAAGCCGAUGAAGCGCGUGGGCUUCGGCACGGCGUCGGCGACGCUUGGCCAGGCUGAGGGCCGCGCCGGCGUGACGCAGGCCGUCCUCCACGCUCUGGACGCCGGGUACCGCCACUUCGACACGGCCUCGUCGUACAACACGGAGGCCGCGCUAGGGGACGCCGUCGCCGAGGCCGUCCUCGCCGGCACGGUCGCCUCCCGUGAUGAUCUCUACAUCACGACGAAGCUCUGGAUCGCUGACGCGCAUCCAGGGCGCGUUCUGCCGGCGCUCCAGAAGUCGCUCCGCAAUCUGCGGAUGGAGUACGUGGAUAUGUUCUUGAUUCACUUCCCGGUAAGCAUGCGGCCACCAGCGGUGGAAGGAGCCAUCGCGGUGGUGAAGGAUGACCUGGUGGAGAUGGACAUGAAGGGAGUGUGGGGGGAGAUGGAGGAGUGCCACAGGCGAGGGCUGGCGAGGGCCAUUGGCGUCAGCAACUUCAGCUGCAAGAAGCUUGAGUACCUGCUAUCCUUUGCAAAGAUUCCACCGGCUGCAAACCAGGUGGAGGUGCACCCAUACUGCCGGCAGAACAAGAUAAGAGCGUUCUGCCGGGAGAAGGGGAUCCAGCUCUGCGCCUACUCUCCAUUGGGUGGCAAGGGAACACCAUGGGCCAACAACUCUGUCAUGGACUGCCCUGUCCUUGAGCAGAUCGCCCGUGAACGGGGCAAAACAGUCGCCCAGGUGUGCAUUAGGUGGGUGUAUGAGCAGGGAGAUUGCGUGAUCGCUAAAAGCUUCAACGAGCAGAGGAUGCGACAGAACCUCGACAUCUUUGGCUGGGAGCUCACCGACGACGACAGACGCAGGAUCAGCGCCCUGCCAGAAUCAAGGGGCACCUACAAUUUCUUCAUCCAUGAAUCCGGCCCCUACAAAACCGCCGAAGAAUUCUGGGACGGUGAGAUUGUGUCUGGCCAGUCGACUUACCAAAUUGCAUCUUGUUUGGAUCCGACCAACUGAUCAAUUGCUGGCUAUAGCCUAUAGGUUGCUAGUCAAGAAAACUCUCCAUUUAAAGCACACUGUAAUUUGCGCUUGCCCUAUCUAAGAAUGGACAUGGUAAUCCGUCGCCCUUUGUUGGAAAAUAAAAGUUGAGUUCAAUGCC